AUGACUAUUCUAACUGCGAAUAGUUUUUAUGUCAAAAAAGAGGAGCCAGAUCAUCCACUCGAUGAGAUACAUGUUAAGGAAGAAGAGAAACCUUCCCAUUUAUGUCGAAGAGCCUCACCGGCUCCCAAAAUCACGAAAAGGAGACGAUCCAGGUAUAGGCCUUUGAAUGGUACAGUUCUUGACAUUUCUAACAUACCCCUACAGCCAAAAACCCUGAAUGAUUGUCUACAGCUUGAGGAUAUUGGAUUUCUAUGUCAGAGCCUCGAAACAUCGAAGAAGAUUGUUGCCAUUACCGGAGCUGGCAUCUCUGUGGGGUCUGGAAUUCCUGAUUUUCGAUCCGCUAACGGUCUGUUCCAGGGAUUCGCCUCCAAGGCAAACGGUUCGGGGAAGAACCUUUUUGACUACAACGUUUUCCGCUCGCCUGAAUCGCUCAAGGAAUUCGAGAAGAUGAUUCGUAAACUUUACACAUUGUCUGUUGAAUGUCAACCUUCGCCUUUUCAUCGAUUGCUCGACAAAAUUUCGCAAGAGGGUCGUCUUUUAAGACUGUACACACAAAACAUAGAUUGCCUAGACACACAGCUUCCCCAUUUGGAGACGAAGGUCCCGUUGAAUUUUGAGAAGCCGUAUCCAAAGACAAUACAACUACACGGAAAUAUCAAGCUUUUGAAUUGCUCUAAAUGUCAUCACGUGAAAGAAUUAGAUGAGUCCUAUUUUAACGAGAACAGCAAGCUUAUCCGUAACUGCCCGGAGUGCGAAGAGCUGAACGCUGUGCGCGCAAUUGCUGGACGCAGGGUUCAGUCAGGCGGGGUCCUGAGACCCCGGAUCGUGUUGUAUAAUGAAUUCCAUCCCGACGGAGAAAUAAUUGGCAACAUCACUGAGUCGGACUUGAAAAACCGUCCCGACUGUCUCCUCGUUGUGGGGACGACACUGAAGAUUCCAGGAGUGCGAAGACUGGUCAAGGAAAUGGCCAAAGUGGUGCAUUCGAAGAACGGAAGCGUCAUCUGGAUCAAUAUUGAGGAGCCAACGCAAUCGAUUGUGGACUAUGUUGAACACUUCGACCUCAUAGUGACGGGCAGCUGUCAGGAUAUCCCUGCUCUUUUGGAUGCAUUCCAGGACUUGAAACCCAAAAAGAAGCAAAGUAAGAAGGUCUAG